GAAACUCAUAUAUAAUUAGUCUUAGGACCCCAACCACCGUCAAAAUCACAAAUUAGAAUCACUCUCAAAAUACCCAAAUGGCUCCAAGGCGUCUCUCUGAAAAUCCCCCACCCGCUGCUUCCGAUGAAGAAGAAGAAGAAGAAUCAGAUUCAGAAUCCGAUGAAGGAAAUACUGAGCAAAACGGCGCCGUUGACAAACACGACGACGAGAACGACAACGGCAAUCCAGAUGACGAUGAAGAAGAGGAAGAGGAAGAGGAAGACAAAGAAUCUCCUGUUUCGAAGAAAUCGGUAGUCCCUGCAACUCCACAGAAGUCAGACUCGGCAACUGAAUCGGAUGACUCCGAGUCAACUCAGCCAUCCCCUUCAUUAUCCGCCUUCACAAUCAAACUCUACAACCGCUCUCCUAAACCCAACAAAACCGCCUCCUCGAAACGACCUGCUGAAUCUGACUCCAUGGGACCCACUAACAAAAAGAAGAAGCCUACCGCCGGCGUCGGAGAGGAUGAAGUAGUGAAAAGGGGUGCAGUCCAACGGCUGUGGAGCGAGGACGACGAGAUAGUCGUUCUAAAUGGCCUUUCUCAAUACAAGUCCGAGAAGGGCGCGGACCCAUAUUCUGAAAUGGGCGCGUUUUAUGAAUAUAUCAAGAAAUCACUCCAUGUUGAUGUUUCAAGGAAUCAACUUAUAGAUAAAAUUAGAAGGCUGAAGAAGAAAUAUGGAAACAAUAUGAAAAGAGGUCAAGACCCCGUUUUUACUAAAUCACACGAUGAAAAAUCUUUUCAGCUUUCUAAGAAACUUUGGGGGAAAAAUGAUCAAAAUGUUAAUAAUGAUAAUGAUGAUAAUAUUGCUGGUGGUGGUGUUACUUUGGGAUUAUUAGCAAACCAAUUGAGCUCGAAAAAGCCAAUUCGAGCCCCUAAUGUGGAAGAAAAGGAUCAAAUCAAGAGUAAAGAGAAAAUUGAAACGAAGAGCGCAGUAGUAAAGGGUGAGGGUGUUUGGGAAAAGUACCCAUCUUUAAGUGAGGCUUUGGAGAGUGAAGAAGGAUUAUCCGACGGAGUGAAAGUAUCAUUGAGAAAGCAUUUGGGGAUGAUUGAGAAAGGGAAGUUGAAGGAAUUGGAUGACAAGUGGAAGAAAUUGAGACAAGCUGAAUUGGAGUUGUUUGUGCAGAGAAUGGAGUUGGUUCACGACCAGGUUCAGUUGGCGCUCCAUUCUAUCAAAUCAUCAGAUAUAUGAAUUUCGCUCAAAAGUUUUGGUUCUAAUUUUCUCAGUAAAAAGGAAAGAAGGUAACUCAUGUUCUAUUGGUUCUGUUUUCUUGGGUAUCAGAGAUCUGAAUUUUGCUAAGUUGUAUGUUAUACGCUAGAUCAUAAUAUUUUGGUUAUGGACAGGAGAGAUUAUGGUUUCGGAAUUCUUUUUUGUUCUCAUGUUUAUAGACCUGAUAUUAUCUAACACCUGCAUACUUGCUAUGCUCCUGCA